GCCAUUAAAUCAGAAGAAGCGUGUCAUCGUCCCGGAAGUGAUGUCAGCGUGAAUCUUCGACAGGCUAACUAGUGUUAGCAGCUACGAGAAUAAAUCAGCCGUUUUUUAAGGUUUUUGUUAUUGUAAUCUUACGCAAACCGCCAAACUGAUGACAUCACACAGGUCUGUGACGUGGCAGAUGGGUGACAACAUGAUUACGACCCGAAUUUAGCUGUUAGCUGCAGUUAGCUCCGUCACACUGACGGUCCGUUAAGAAGUCCCAUCGGAAAUCCGCCAAUUUAACAGCUGGAACAUUCUGGAUCACAGAAGAGCUUCAAAAUGAGCAGCCGAGUGGCUGGAAAACCCAGAGAGACGGAGAUGGAGAAGGAGGAGAAAAAGGAGGAGGAGGAGAAGGAGGACUUUUACGACUGCCAGGAGACUCUGGAGCCUCCAGGCAGACAGGAAGCAGCAGUGGAGGAAGAGGAGGACUUUCACAUUAAAACCAACAGACAGACUGACAGAAGAGAGAGAGAGGAGCAGGGAGGCAGGCUGCAGGAGGAACAGGGAGACAGGCUGCAGGGAGACAGGCUGCAGGAGGAGCAUGGAAAUAGGCUGCUGGAGGAGCAGGGAGACAGGCUGCAGGAGGAGCAGGGAGACAGGCUGCAGGAGGAGCAGGGAGACAGGCUGCAGGAGGAGCAGGGAGACAGGCUGCAGGGAGACAGGCUGCAGGAGGAGCAGGGAGACAGGCUGCAGGAGGAGCAGGGAGACAGGCUGCAGGGAGACAGGCUGCAGGGAGACAGGCUGCAGGAGGAGCAGGGAGACAGGCUGCUGGAGGAGCAGGGAGACAGGCUGCAGGGAGACAGGCUGCUGGAGGAGCAGGGAGACAGGCUGCAGGGAGACAGGCUGCAGGAGGAGCAGGGAGACAGGCUGCAGGAGGAGCAGGGAGACAGGCUGGAGGAGGACUCAGACUCCGAGAUGAAGGCAGAGGACAGUCAGCAGGAGGAGUUUGAUGAUGAUUACCUGAGGGAGGUGGAGAAGGAGCUGACGGAGGAGGAGAAACAGAGUCGCCGGCAGCAGAGUUUAACUCUGAAGGAAAAGGGCAACAGCCAGUUUAAAGCUGGAGACUGGGCGGAGGCUGAGCGGAGCUACACAGAGGCGUUGGGUUUCUGUCCGGUCUGUUUCAGCCGAGAGAGAGCCGUGCUGUUCUCCAACAGAGCUGCUGCCAGACUGCACCUGGAGCUGAAGGACUCGGCGAUCUCCGACUGCUCCAGAGCGAUAGAGCUGAACCCAGACUACGUGCGGGCGCUGCUGAGGAGGGCCGAGCUGUACGAGCAGACUGAGAAGCUGGACGAGGCUCUGGAGGACUACAAGAAGGUUCUGGACCUGGACCGGAACCAGACCAGCGCCAGACAGGCCUGCAUGAGGCUGCCUCAGCAGAUUCAGGAGAGAAAUGAGAAGCUGAAGGAGGAGAUGCUGAGUAAGCUGAAGGACCUGGGGAACAUGGUGCUGAGACCGUUCGGUCUCUCCACCAACAACUUCCAGGUCAACCAGGACGCCGGCACCGGCUCGUACUCCAUCAACUUCGUCCAGAACCCCAACAAUAACAACAGAUGACAUCACACGGCCAGCGAUGACAUCACAGCCCUGCAGGCAGAUUGAUUAGUUCCCUGUUUGUGUUGUUUCCUUCAGGAGAGUCAACCACAGAGAUUUGUUUUUGUAUUUAAGCUGUUUGAAUAAAGUUAGUUUGAAUCCUGA